UGGGUCUCCCCCCUCCCCCUCCUCCUUCGGGGGCGUCUCUUAAAGGGCGGGGAGGGUGGAGCCCCUUCCCCACCUCCCCUUCCCCCCGAUGAGGCCUGACCGGCGCCCCUGCCCCCCGGGCCGCCCCUUCUGCCCCCGCAGCCGGGCCCCCUCCUCCUCCUCUUUCUUCUUCUUCCGACGGAGAGAAAUGGACGAAGAAGCCCAGCAGCCCCUCCUGGUCGCCGCCGCCGAGGACACCCCCUCCCACCGGGCCCUCAAGGUGCUGCUGUGGAUCCUCUCGACCCUGCUGCCCAUCACUGGAAUAGUCCUAGGUGCCCUCUACCUGGAGCAGUGCCCCCGCCAGCCGCUGGUCCCCAUCUACCUGCUGGUCCUGAGCGCGGUCUCCCUCCUCCUCCUCCUCCUGGGCUGCGUCUCCUGCGAGGAGGGGGCUUCCGAGUGGCCCCGGACCCUGGUCCACCACCUGCGGGUCACCUGCCUCCUCUUCCUCUGCGCCUGGUUCAUUGCAGGCAGCGUGUGGGUCUACUCCAUCUACCCCCCGGACUUUGAGGAGAAAGGGGACCCCGGCCGGGGCUUCUGCCAGCGCACGCUCUUCCUCUUUGCCUUCGGGGUGACCACCGCCCUGCACGUGGCCCUGGCCGUGGCCCUGCUCUUCUCCCUCUGCCUCCUGGGCGCCGUCUUCCUCUUCGGGGCCCUCCUGCCCCACGGCGGGCAUGGGGACCGGGGGGGAGCGUAGAGGGAGGGCCCCCCUUGCUCCUGCAACCAGGGCCCUUGCCCCUCCUUCUCAAACGAAGCAUCUGCCUCCCUGUGUGGGGCUUCUGCUGCCCUGCCUGGUCAUGUAAGCUUUGCUGAAAGGAUUUUGAAGUAUUCUAUGUCAGUCAUUGGUUUCUCAUCUAAGCUGAACCAUGGAGUGAACUUUAAAUAAAAGCAGCCCUGAGUUCUGGGUUACCUUC